UAUGGUAAAAUAUUAUUAUGAUUUUGUUUACGUGUAAUAUAUAAUGUAUUUACGUAAGGUAAGUUUGUAAAAAAUACAUCAUGUCAGACAAUACAUUGACUUUUUAUCAGGUCUUCUCCUUAUCCUUUGGUGUGUGGUUCACAUCUCGGCUCCAAUCUUUAAUAUACAUUUUGCAGAUUAAAACAUUCAUCUAAUCACUACUCUUUUUGUGGAAAAUUCUUCAAAAAACGAUUUGAUUCCAUUUGGAUCUGUGAAGAGCAAACCUUCAAUGGCUUCAUCUUCUUCUUCUUCUGCAACUUCCAGCGAUCACAACAAGAAGAGGUAUCAGUACGAUGUAUUCUUAAGCUUCAGCGGUGAAGACACCCGUAGAAGCUUCGUCGAUCAUCUAAACAAUGCUCUUCAGGGGUACGGUAUUCGCACUUUCAAAGACGACGAGAGACUCCAAAAAGGCAAAGAGAUCAAAGACGAGCUCUUGAAGUCUAUUGAAGACUCCAGGAUCUGCAUUAUUGUUUUCUCUAAGAAGUACGCAUCUUCAUCCUGGUGUUUGGAUGAGCUCGUAAAGAUUAUGGAGUGCCAGAAGACACCCGAUCAAAUUGCGAUCCCUGUGUUCUAUGAUGUAGAACCCACUGAAGUUCGCAAACAAAGCGGGUCAGUUGGAGAAGCAUUUGCCAAGCAUACGAAUAAGGUGGUCGUUUGGAAACCCCUUACCAAGAACGUUUUAAAAAAAGCGCAUGCUAGACAUACCAUUAAAAAGUUGGGGAAAUGGAGAAAGGCUUUGAAAGAUGCAGCCAAUUUGUCUGGAUGGGAGUUGAAGAACACUGCUGAUGGACAUGAAGCAAAAGUCAUCAAAAAAGUUGUUAAGCAGGUUUCACUCGUGUUAGGGUCUAUUAAUACGGGGGUUGAUGAGAAUUUAGUAGGCAUGGAACAGAGGAUGCAAGAUCUCGAUCCUUACUUAGGGAUUGGUAUGGAUGAUGUCCGCAUAAUAGGGAUCAAGGGCAUGGGAGGUGCUGGGAAGACAACUUUGGCGCGAGCUAUUUUUGAUAAACUAUCCAUUGAUUUCGAGGGUAGAAGCUUUGUUGAAAAUGUGAGGGAAAAAGCCUCUAAGUCGGGUUUGGAGAAGUUGCAAAAACAAGUCCUUCGAGAUGUAUUAAAGGAUAAAGGCCUUACUGUAAGUAGUGUUCAUCAAGGGAGAAACAUGAUAAAAACAAGGUUAUGUGGGAAAAAAGCUCUAGUUGUUCUCGAUGACGUGGAUCAUAGAGACCAACUUGAGGCAUUAGCUGGUAAUCCUAAUUGGUUCAAGUUGGGAAGUAGAAUUAUAGUUACAACUAGAGACGAGCAGGUGCUCAUAGCACAUGGAGUGAAAUGUAUCCAUGAGGUCACUCUGUUGUCGAAUAUGGAAGCAAUUCGCCUGUUCCGUUUGCAUGCAUUUCGAGCAGAUAGUCCAACUGAGGAGUAUGAAAUGCAAGCAUUUGAAGUUGUACAUUAUGCUGAUGGUCUCCCCUUAACAAUCAAAGUUUUAGGUUCACUUCUGUGUGGUAAAACCAAGCUUGAGUGGAUAGAAGCAUUACGAAGACUCAAAACAAUUCCUUUACAGGAAACAUUAAAAAAAUUGGAACUAAGCUAUGAAAGCCUGGAGGAUGAUUACAAGCAAAUAUUCCUAGAUGUGGCAUGCUUCCUCAAAGAUUGGGAAGAAGAUGAUGUAAUAAGAAUGCUUCAGAGCUGUGGAUUUCACGCUACAAAUGGUUUACAAGUUCUUGAGAAAAAAUCUCUCUUAACUUUAAAUAAAAGUUCUGAUUCAUUUAUACAAAUGCAUGACCACUUAGUGGAACUGGGCAAGUAUAUUGUACGUCGUAAGCAUCCGGAUAAGCCCAACAAACAUAGCCGAUUAUGGGUUCAAGAGGAAAUUGAAAAUGUCUUGUCUGAUAACUCGGGUAGCGUUGCAGCAAGAUAUAUACAACUAAAUAUCACUCCUAGUACUUUUCUUGAAGGUUUGGGAAACAUGAAAAAUCUUAGAUGCCUUAUUGUGAACAGAAGAGAGUACGAAAAAGAUUUUACCCAAAAAGAUUUUUCCGGUUAUGUGAAGAUUGACGAAGCUUGCGUAUGCAUUCCAAAUUCGUUACGAUACAUAUGUUGGUUCCAAUACCCUCUCUGGCAUUUACCCAAAACAUUUGAAGGAAACAAUCUUGUUGCACUUAAAAUGCCUAACAGUGAAAUCAAACAACUUUGGGAAGGGGGAAAGGUUACGAAGAACCUCCGAUUUCUUGAUUUGAGUUUUUCAAAAUUACAGAGCCUUGACCUUGGGCUGACACACAGUCUUGAGUGGUUACAUCUUGAAGGUUGCAUUGGUUUGGAAAAAAUUGACGUGGAAGGUGGAUGUCUAAAAAGCCUUGUGUAUUUAAACCUAACUAACUGCUCGAAUUUGAAAUGUAUUUUGUUUAUAGAGCAGUUGGAAUCUCUUGAGGUUCUUUAUAUAGGUAAAUUAGAUCUGAAGGAAUUCCCGGAUUAUAUAAUCACAGGGCACUCCCGCAAUACUUUGCUAGAGCUUCAUCUUUCACAAAAUACCUAUAUAGAAGUACCCUCAUCAAUUGGAAAUCUUCAUAAGCUUGUCUCUCUACAUCUCGAUGGUUGCAUUAAUGUCAAGAGUCUUCCAGGAAGCAUUUGUAAUUUACAACAAUUGAGGUCUCUUAAUCUUUCUUUCACUGGCAUAAAGGACUUGCCAGAGGACCUUGGUCUACUGGAAUGUUUAGAAGAGCUAAAUUUAACUUAUACAGAAGUUAAGCAUCUUCCUGAGAGCAUUUGUAUGUUGAAACAUCUCAAAACUUUACUUCUUCGAUGGUGUAGUUCUCUUGAGAAGUUACCUGAGGAUGUUGGCCAUUUAGAAUCUUUGGAGAUAUUACAUCUACAAUCUUGCCGUAAGUUAAGAGAAGUUCCGAAUAGCAUUUGUAAGUUGAAAUGUCUCAAAGAGUUGGAGCUUAGAGGAUGUAGCAGGGUUGAAAAACUGCCUAACGAACUUGAAAAUUUAAAAUGUCUACAAUUAUUAGAUGUUCACGGCACCGGCAUAAUUCACCUUCCACAUAGCAUUUAUUCAUUGAAAGGUUUGAAAAUUGAAAGAUCCAAAUUGAAAGAUCAAAAAUUAGAGGAUUAUAUUCAGUUAUGUGCCAAAUAUGAUUCUGAGAAGCGUCAAACACAGGGUUUUCAACAUCUAAGAACCCUUGACCUUGGAAGAUGUGGCAUAGAAGAAGUGCCUGAGGCCGUUGGGCAAUUGGAAUGUUUAGAAGCGCUACGUUUAGAUUGUAGAAACAUUGAAUAUCUACCUGAUACAAUUUGUAUGCUGAAACAUUUGAAAAAACUCGUUCUCAUAAGUUGUUUAUAUCUUGAAAAGUUACCUGAUGAUGUCGGCCAAUUAAAAUCAUUAGAGGAGAUACAGCUAUUAAGGUGCUAUAAUACAAGGGAUAUUCUGAAUAACAUUUGUACGUUGAAACAUCUGAAACUGUUAUUUCUUGAAGGUUGUGAUAGCAUUGAAGAAUUGCCUGAGGCCGUAGGGCAAUUGGAAUGUUUAGAAGGGCUACUUUUACGUGAUACACAUGUUAGACAUCUCCCUGAUAGCAUUUGUAUGCUGAAACACUUGAAAAAACUCAUUCUUGAACAUUGUGUACGUCUUGAGAAGUUGCCUGACGAUGUUGGCCAAUUAGAAGAAUCUCUGGAGGUAUUAUCUCUACAAAGGUGCUAUAGCAUUAGAGAUAUUCCAAGCAGCAUUUGUAUGUUGAAACAACUGAAAAGACUGGACCUUUGUCAUUGUUUCUGUCUUGAGAAGUUACCAGAGGAUAUUGGCCAGUUAGAAUCUUUGGAGAUAUUAUAUCUAAUAAGGUGCUAUAAUAUAACAGAGAUUCCAAACAGCAUUUGUAGUUUACAGCAUUUGAGAACUCUUAACCUUUCUUACACUCACAUAGAGGAAUUGCCAGAGGACCUUGGCCAACUAGAGUGUUUAGAGCACCUUGAUUUAAGUUAUACAAAAGUUAAACAUCUCUCUGGUAACAUUUGUAUGUUGAAACAUCUCAAAACCCUAUCUCUUUUCGAUUGUCAGCUUCUUGAGAAGUUACCUGAGGAUGUUGGCCUAUUAGAAUCUUUGGAGAAAUUAGAACUAUCACUUUGCCCUAAUUUAAGAGAAAUUCCCAACAGCAUUUGUAAGUUGAAAUGCCUCAAACAGUUGUUCCUUAAAGUAUGUAGGAGGGUUGAAAAACUGCCAGACAAACUAGGAAACUUAAAAUGUUUAGAACAUUUAGAAGUUUCGGGUACUGGCAUAACUCACCUUCCACAGAGCAUUUAUUCAAUGAAAGGUUUGAAAAUCAUCUUCAAACCCAAUGAUCAUUUGUUGUGAUGAGGUUUACACAGAGUGAAGGAAGGAAGGAGGUAGGGUUUUAUAGAUGGGGCUUAGAAGAAAUUGUAGGAGGCCCUUGGGCAAUUGAUGAGCCAAGAUUUACAGAUUGAUCAACAAAAAUGUCACCAAUCCAAUUUACCCACAAAACCUAAUUUCCCAACGUUUUUCACAACAAUCCCACAGUUUCAUCAAGUUCUUACCCAAUUAACAGAUUGGUAGCCGAACAAUUAGCCUGUAAGCGCCUUGAACGAUAUAUACAAAUGGCUAUAAGAUUUUGGCUUGAAGCGGGCUGCUGUUACAAAUGCUCGGAGAUCAAAUGCUGAGUUGCUGAUUUCAGUGUUCAAACUACAAGAGUUCUUCGAAGUCAUUGUUUAAGCUGAAGAAUUUGCAGGACCAAAACCUGUUCAUGAUUUAUACCUGAAAGCUCUUUAAUUAUGCACUUAACAGUAUCUCCAAAUCGCACAUAUGUGUUUGAGGGUGUAACAAAAAGAGCGAUAAAGACAGCAUGAGAAUCAGAAGACGGCGAUUGUGAAGGAGAGAGUUUGGAGGGAUAAAAUGGGCCCUGCCACUCUUCCGACUGCCUCCCUCGCCGGUGUUGUGAUGAAUGGUGGUUGUACCCAUAAAGGACGGUGGCUGCACUUAGGGUUCCGCCUGUUGAACCCGGCCCAACCGACUGUCUAGCAGCGGCGGCGGCGGACAUCCUUGAUGGUUGGUUUACAGCGUUGGUGGUGGUAGGGAUGUAGCAGGCAGCAACCAUGGUGGGGUUAUCAUUAUUUUAUCUGUUACCGAUUUCAUGCUCAGUGUUUCGUUUCGAUUGAAGGUACAAUCUUAAUUAGUAUAUUUUAUAUUUGAUUUUUAAACUUCUUGAUGAUCUUUUGGGAAUUUUUAACUUACCACGUUUAGAUUUUUGGGGUUUGAUGUGUGUGGCCUUUGGCAAUGCUGGUGAUUUUUGGGGAUUAAUUCCUUUUCCAUCCAAUUAAUUGCAUGUUGUCUCUACUUUUCCAUCUUUUUGUUUUGUUAGUGUUUUAUUGCAGUUCAUAUGCUCUUUAUCAUUGGGUUUGUUUGUUGAAUGUGUUUUCCUUGCAUGUGCGGCUUUUUGGGUUUCAUUUUGUCUUCCACAUGAUCGUCCUUCGGUUUUCCUAGUUGUAAGUGUUGUUAAUCAUGAUUGUGAAGUAAUAAUUUUGUGAUAUCUGACAAGAGGUGAAGAACCCUAAUUAGAGAAAGAGAGAGAUUCGAUUACGGUCUCCGACGAAAAGUUCGCAACCCACCUCUCCAGCGGUGGUGGGUUCAAGGGUGAUCUGUGGUGUGCCGGUGGUGGUUCAUCACGGCAACAUCCGCCUCUACGGUGGCUCUAAACAGACAUACCAGCGAUGGCGGUCUUUGUCGUGACGGUCGGCUUUCGGUGCUCACAAUCGUCGAGCCUAACGACGGCUAGGGUUACAGAAUGGAAGAUGAUGAUGGUGAAGGUUCUGGUGUUUGGUUGUACUGGCCAGAUUUCUGGCGACAUGUUAAAUUACAUAGGAAAGGUUGAAGAUAUCAACCAUGUUGACACCGAAAGUGACAACAACCUUAUGCUACUAAAGCUCGAAUGCAUCAGAUCACAUUGGUUCAACAACCUUGACUGUUUUUAAUCAAGCAAUAACAUCCAUGGUCGUGUCCAAUGGCCAUACUACAAGAGCUUCACACAACUAAAGGAAAAACACAAAUAUUGCAGCUUUAACAACAGCAAAAGGGCGAUAAAAGUGCCAUAUAAAAUUCUCUAUGAAUCGAGACUUCGAUAGCACUAUCGACAUCGGAACACCUUAUGUGAAAUCCACCUCACCUAUAAUGCGGCCGACUCGAAUUCCUGACACACCAACUGCAGCAAAGGAUCAACAGGCGUCUUCAAAAGGACAACGGGUGACUUCUGUUAACAUGUUAGCCACUGAACAUAUUAAUUCCAAUUUAUCUCAAUUGACGUUUAUACAUUUAUAUAAGGUGAAUUUCACACAAGUAUCAGAUGGAUGAGACAAAAUGGGUCAAAGGUCGGUCGUUGGUAAAGAGAAUGUAAGUCUCAAGUUUUUCAAUGCAUUUAAACUAGACAAUAGAGUCUUUCCAUUGUUAUUGUUAAGCAGAUCAAAAGUCUUAUGUAUUCACAGAUCCA